AUGCUGGUGCUCUGGGAUGCCUCCUGGGCAGAGCGGCUGUGGUGUGUUUUCGAGCUGGCUGCAUUUCUCAAAAGCAGGGAGGAGAAUGCAAAGUCUCUGGUGAUUUGCCCGACAUUGACUGGUCCCGUCACCUUCGUGAUUUUUAUCUUCUUGGCAACAACCUUCGGCACGAUCUCCGCCAUCGUUCUGCUGCACGAUUCCCAAGAUUAUUCUGCGUGGCUUGGAGGCUUCUUCGUUGUCGGCAUCGUCGGCGCCUCUGCAUCAACCCACACGCUACGCGGCUUUUACCGAGCCGUGGAAACCAUGCAGAGGCAGCUGCUGUCUUUGCGAGUUGCCCAGCUGAAAUGCACUUGCUGCAGCCGUGGCCACAUCGGCCACGACGGCCGUCGAAUGAUUUGUGACAGAGAAGUGAUUUCCACAUGCAUUACCAAGUGGUUUGGCAGCACCGACAGCUUUGAAGCGUACAUUCGCACCGAAGUGGUGGAGGUAGCGACAGAACAGCUCGAGCGAAGUUCGUUCAAUUAUGCUUGGAGUGUUCUGGUGUGCAGCCCAGUAUUGUGGGCACUUCUUGAUCUUGCUCGGCGCAGCAUGGAUUUUGACAAGCCGCGGUGGUGGAACCUGGGGCUGUGGCUUACCUUGGGACUCAACAUUGUGCUUUUGCUCUUCCCCAUGCUGGUGGCCUGGAUGAAGUUGCUGGCUCAUCACUUCCGACGCAAAUCAGAGUCCACAUGCCGCGAGCUCUUGACCAACUUGUUCUUGGUCCUUUGCGCAAGUCCCGUGGUUAUAUGUCAGGUGGGCCUCUUCUUGAUUUGCCUGCUAGACCUUCUUCAAGUUCGGCCCAAGUCUCUUGGAAACGUCGCCUUCGCAGGAGUCAGCCUAGCUCAAUAUGCCUUGAUGUGGCUCUUGCACAGGCGAGGGCAGGGGUAUCUCAGCAGAAGUCUUAGGCUGUACAGGCGAGAAGCACGUUGUACUGCCGGGCCUGAUUGGUACAGGCAAUCCCCUAGCUGA